AUGAAGCAAAGUGAUUACAGCAUUGUGGACCAAUUGAAGAAAACUCCAGCGCGUAUCUCCAUACUUUCUUUGAUUUUAAGUUCCGAAGCGCAUCGUCAAGCAUUGCAGGAAGUGUUGAAUCAAGCUUUUGUGCAGCCUAAUAUAACCCCUGAGAAGGUGGCAAGUGUAAUGAAUGUUGUAAAAGCCUCCUCUACCAUUUCCUUUUCGGAAGAGGAAGUUACAGAAACCGCUGUUCACCAAGCCAAGGCUUUGCACAUCACUUUGAAAUGUGAAGGGUUCAUAAUCGCAAGAGUAUUAAUUGAUGGAGGAUCAGCGUUAAAUGUCUUGCCGCUCUCCACAUUUGAAUCAUUAUCACUAGAAGCUUCAGGUGUACAUAAAAGUAAUAUUGUGGUAAGAGCAUUCGAUGGAUCAAGACGGGAAGUAUUAGGAUCCAUUUGUCUCUCCCUGGAGAUAGGGCCGAGCAGGUUUAAGGUGGAUUUCCAACUCAUGAACAUAGACCCAAGUUACACAAUGCUGCUAGGAAGGCCAUGGAUUCAUUCUGCUAGGGCUGUUCCUUCUACCUUACAUCAAAAGGUUAAGUUCAUCAGUGAUGGGAGAAUUAUAGCAGUUAAAGGAGAGGAGGAAAUCAUGGUGAGCAAACCAAGCUCACUCCCUUAUAUUGAGGCUGCAGAGAAAGAUUAUGGAGUUUCCUUUCAAAGCCUAGAGGUCGAGGGUAUUUGCGGUAGUACUCACAACAUCAAUUCCGUCGUGGCUAAAAUCAUGGCGAAGAGUGGGUUUAUGCCAGGGAAAGGUUUAGGCUCUCAUUUACAAGGAAUUACGUGUCCAAUUAAGGUUUUGGAUAAUUGUAAUCGCCAAGGGUUAGGGUAUGAGCCUACCCUGGAAGACCAGAUGAAAGACAAAGCAAGUUUGGCAAAUGGCAAAAAGGCUAGUAAAUUGGAGAUUCCACACAUUAAAGAAUCCUUCCCAGGCCCGUCCGAGGUGAUAUAUAAACCAGCUAUCUCAGUGAUCUCUUUUAAUGAAGAUGUACCAUGCAGAACAAGUGCCUCAAUUGCAGUCGAUGAUUCCAACAAAGUUCUGGCGAAUUGGGAGUUUGAAGAGGCCAAUGAUGUCAUUAGCUUAGAGGAUUUUGUUUCUUCUGAUUCCAUCUCCCACCCAGAGAUUAAUAAACCCUGUGAAGAUGAUUCAUUCGUUGCCACUGAUAUGCAUGAUUGUGAGUCUGAUGAUGAAGACAUAAUCCAAACUUUUUCAAAGAUGCUUGAAUUGAGUGAUAAGGGAAUAUGCCCACAUGAAGAAGUGAUUGAGAUGGUUAAUAUGGGAACCGAGGAGGAUCAAAGAAUGCUCAAAAUAGUAGAUAAUCCUGAAAGGGAACAAAUGAUUGAGUUGUUCAAAGAAUACAUAGAUGUGUUUGCAUGGUCAUAUAAAGACAUGCCUGGGCUAGACCCAAGCAUUGCUUCUCAUAAAAUACCAUUACUUCCCAAGGUCGAGCCUAAGAAACAAAAGUUAAGGAGAAUGAACACGGGGGUGUCCUUGCAGAUAAAAGAAGAAGUAAUAAAGCAGUUAGAAGCAGGAUUUUUGGAGGUAGUAACUUACCCACAAUGGGUGGCAAAUAUUGUUCCUGUUCCUAAAAAAGAUGGUCGGAUUCGAAUGUGUGUUGAUUAUCAAUUAAAUAAUGCGAGUCCGAAAGAUGACUUUCCAUUACCCCACAUUGAUGUAUUGGUCGAUAAUACUGCUCGAAGCUAUCGCUAUUCCUUUAUGGAUGGUUAUUCAGGGUACAAUCAAAUCCCUAUGCAUGAAAAGGAUAAAGAGAAAACAACCUUUACAACCCAAUGGGGAACUUAUUGUUAUCGGGUAAUGCCUUUUGGUUUGAAAAAUGCUGGGGCAACUUAUCAACGAGCUAUGGUAGCACUAUUCCAUGACAUGAUGCAUAAAGAAAUUGAAGUAUAUGUAGAUGAUAUGGUAGCUAAAUCAGCGGAGAAUAAGAGUCAUGUUGGAGUCCUUAGAAAGCUAUUUGGGAGAUUACGCGAAUAUCGGCUAAGAUUGAAUCCUAACAAAUGCAUUUUUGGAGCUCUUUCUGGGAAGUUAUUGGGAUUCAUUGUGAGUCGUAAAGGGAUAGAAGUAGAUCCAGAUAAAGUGAGAGCAAUUCGAGAAAUGCCAUCUCCCCAAACAGAGAAAGAAGUUAGAAGUUUCUUGGGACGAUUGAAUUACAUUGCUAGAUUCAUUGCCAAUCUAACAGCCACUUGCGAACCAAUGUUUAAACUGUUAAAGAAAAAUUGCAAGGGGACAUGGGAUGAUGAUUGUCAAAAGGCCUUUGAUAAAAUUAAAGAUUAUUUGUUAAAUCCCCCGAUUUUGGUACCUCCAUCACCAGAUCGUCCACUAAUCCUUUACCUAACAACUUUACCUCGCUCAAUGGGAGCAAUGCUAGGUCAACUUGAUGAUUCUGGAAAGAAGGAAAGAGCGAUUUAUUUCUUGAGCAAGAAGUUUAAUGAGUGUGAAGCUCGUUAUCCGGUGAUUGAGCGAACUUGUUGUGGACUAGUAUGGGCAACUAGAAGGCUAAGGCAAUACAUGCUUUACUACACUACCUGGCUAAUCUCACGAGUGGACCCACUUAAAUACAUCUUUGAGAGCCCGCACAUUACUGGUAGAGUACUAAAAUGGCAAGUUGUACUAUCAGAAUAUGAUAUAAAGCAUGUGAUGCAAAAGUCAGUCAAAGGUAGUGCAAUAGCAGAUCACUUGGCCGAUAAUCCUUUAGGGGAUGACCAACCAUUAGAUUUUCAAUUUCCUGAUGAAGUCAUAUGCACUACAGAAGAAGGUUGUGGUGAAGGAAACAAUGAAGAGCGAGAAUGGGAAAUGUAUUUUGAUGGAGCCGCCAACAUGCAUGGAAAUGGGGUAGGAGCGGUGAUCGUUUCACCCGAAGGAAAACAAUUUCCAGUGGCCAUCAAAUUAGAAUUUGAUUGUACUAACAACAUAGCAGAAUAUGAAGCUUGUGUUAAUGGUCUUCGAGCAGCUAUUACCCUUGGUAUACGGUGUUUGAAGGUAUUUGGUGAUUCAGCUCUCAUUAUUCAUCAAGUAACAGGAGAAUGGAGAACAAAGGAUGUAAAAUUGAUUCCCUAUCAAGAACUCCUAACAGAUUUGAUUAAGCAAUUUAAGGUUGCUAGCUUUCAUCACUUGACUAGAGAUAAAAACCGUUUCGCUGAUGCUUUAGCCACUUUAGCAGCAAUGAUCCAACUUGAUUGUGGAGUCCAUAUCCAACCCAUCCAAGUGGAAGCUAGAAGCUUUCCAGCGUACUGUCUGAAUGUUGAAGAAGAUCGAGAAGAAUAUCCUUGGUUCCAGGAUAUUAAGGAUUAUAUCACUAAGAGAUCAUACCCAGCUGGAAUGACUGAGAAUGAAAAGAAAACCCUUCGUCGUUUGGCUAUGACAUUCUUUAUCAGUCAAGAUGUUCUAUACAAGAGGGGUUAUGAUGGUACUUUACUUCGCUGUGUGAGUUCAGAAGAAGCAAAGAAAAUCAUGGUUGAGGUACAUGAGGGCAUAUGUGGCACGCAUGCGAAUGGUCACACUAUGGCCAAACAGAUUCAAAGGUAUGGCUACUUCUGGCUAACAAUAGAGAAAGAUUGCUUUGAGCAUGUCAAGAAAUGCCAUAAAUGUCAGAUAAAUGCUCCUCCAAUCCCAUUAUAUAAUUUGGUAUCACCCUGGCCAUUCUCAAUGUGGGGCAUUGACAUUAUUGGCCCAAUUAACCCAAAAGCUUCGAAUGGACAUCGCUUCAUCCUUGUCGCGAUUGACUAUUUCACAAAAUGGGUAGAAGCAAAUUCAUUUGCUAGCAUCACGCAAAAGACGUUCCUUAAAUUCAUGAAGACAAAUAUUUUAUGCCGAUAUGGGAUUCCUGAAAGGAUCAUUACUGAUAAUGGUCCCAAUCUCAAUGGAACGGAAGUCAGGAACUUUUGCGAGAAGUUCCAAAUCAAGCAUCAUAAUUCAGCCCCGUAUAGACCUCAAAUGAAUGGAGCAGUUGAAGCAGCCAAUAAAAAUAUUAAGAAGAUCAUUGGAAAAAUGACAGUAACUUAUAAGGAUUGGCAUGAGAUGCUUCCCUAUGCUUUACAUGGUUAUCGUACUACUGCACGCACAUCCAUAGGGGUGACCCCAUACUCCCUUGUUUAUGGAAUGGAAGCUGUUACACCCAUUGAGAUAGAAAUACCAUCUUUAAGAGUAUUGGCAGAGGUAGAUUUAGAAGAAAAUGAAUGGAUACGAACCCGAUUUGAGCAACUUAACAUGAUUGAAGAGAAAAGGCUCAUUGCAAUGUGUCAUGGACAAUUGUACCAAAAGAGAAUGGCAAGAGCUUUUGAUAAAAAACUUCGCCCACGGGAAUUCAGUGCUGGGGAUCUUGUACUCAAGAAAAUAUUGCCUAACCAAGAAGAUAAUAGAGGCAAAUGGGCUCCGACCUAUGAGGGACCUUAUGUUGUCAAACAUGCUUUUUCUGGAGGAGCACUGAUCCUAGCUGACAUGGACGGUCAAGAGUUAGCAAAGCCCAUUAAUGCAGAUGCUGUCAAGCGUUACUUUGCUUAA